AUGCCCAGUACGAUCACAACAAUGUGGUUUGUAAUGUUGACUGUUGACAUUUGAUUUUGUUUUUAACUGUUUAGCGAUAUUUGGGACCAUAAGUGAUUUAAGUAUUUAAUUUUAUAACUAAAAAUGGAAAAUAUAACUUUAGAUGUUAGAUCAUGUUCUGCGCUUAUUCCUACUGACGCAGUAUCAACUAUCCAUGAUGAAGGGUCCAGAGUCUGCCCGCUGUGUUCAUCUGAAAUAAGAUUGUUCUACAUAAACUUCAAUGAGAAGUUAUUAAUGUGUGAAAACACAGAAUGCGAUUUUCCGUUUGGUUACGAGGAAAUUCAGCUGGUGAGGGUAGAAAAUUAUGAGGAUAUAAGCGACACUCGUUCAGGAAGAACAAAACCGAGCAUGAUGUCUCCCUCUAGAAGCUCCAUAGUGUCCACAGCCGCCUGGUCGGAGAUAGAAAAGCUGAAUAAAGUCACAGAUGACUUAGACGACAGUCAAAUGGAAAUGACGCAAUAUGAGAAAUUUUCUCAAACAAAAAAAAGUAGUAGUACCAAACUAUCGAAGGACUCCAAAAUGAAAAUCCAGAAGCACGCCGAGGAGCUGAAAGACCUCGAUAUGGAUUUAAUGAAAAUAAAAACGGAUCCUAAGAUGAUAAACAAUGAAAAGUGGAUCAAGAACCUUAUGUCGCUCCAGGGUAUAUCCGGCAAGUCAUUGCUACAACCGCAGGAGUUGAUUAAAUUGAAGAAACGCACCGAACGUAAAAAGAGUGAACUGAAAAUUGACAUUGAAAAGGGGGAUACAGGGAUGUCUUCGAUAACCAUACACCUGGGGAAAAAAGACACUACGACUGCAUAAUAAAGUUAACGAGUUGUGGAACACAUACUAGGAGUAUUACACACAAAUAAUGAUUAUUGCUAACUUAUUACUUAGAAGUUAUUUAUAUUCUGUUCAAGUUAUUUUAUUGUGAAGAAUAGUUAUGUUAAAUGCAAUUUUUGUUUAGUUUCAGUUAUUUAUUACAAAGUUAUCUCGUUUAAUGGCUAUUAUCUGGAUAUUGUUUUUUCUUAAUAUUAUUUCAGCUUAGAACUGUGAUGUUAUAUAAGUAAGUUAUUGAGAUACAAUGUUCUAGUCUAACAUUCUAAUAAAGCGUUCAUACAUUUGUAUAUUUGUCACUUGUAUAUUAUGUUAUUUUGAAAAUUUUCCCAAAGAAAAUAUAUUUUUAUUUAAGGUUA